UGGAGAGACCUUAAACAGGAUACAAUCUAGACCUGCACAAUAUAGACAGGAUGCUACAGGUACUGGUGGAGGGUGCUAAUGUUGAUAACUUAUCUGAAGUAGAUAUGGCCAUAUUGGGAACAGCAGCAGUAUUUAGAGAUACUGAACUUCAAAUUCCAUUUAGUAAUCAACUCCUUCAUCUUCAGCUGUUGAGCCACCACCAGAAAUAGAAUUACAAAUAGCUAUGCAGUGUGCAGUAUGCAGG